GCGCAGUGCAGACUCAACGCUGAUGCAAGACAUUUUCGGCGCAGCAGUGUGAGACUGAGCGAGGAGUGAGAAAGAAACACAUUUCUGUUACUUAUCAGCCUGCAAACAUGUCAGGAGACGAGAUGAUUUUUGAUCCCAACAUGACCAAGAAGAAGAAGAAGAAGAAGAAGCCCUUCAUGCUGGAUGAAGAAGGAGGAGAAGGAGUGGGGGGAGAAGAGGCUAAAGAGGUGGAGGCGAAGGAGGCAGAACCAGAAGCCGGAGAGGACAAAGAGAUGGACUUUGAUGAAGAUGAAGGCAGGAAGAAAGAGCCGUCUGAUGAUUUGAACGACCUGAACUUCUUCAACCAGAAGAAAAAGAAGAAGAAACCCAAGAAAGUAUUUGAUAAUGACGUAGAGGAAGGAUUAAAGGAGCUGAAAAUCGAAGGAGAGCAGACAGAGGCGAUGGAUGAGGACAACCUGGACCUGAUGCUUCCUGCCAAGAAAAAGAAGUCGAAGAAAGUGGACUUUGAUGAGGGAGAGGCACUGGAGAAGGAUGACACACUGGAGGACGAUGAGGGGAAGAACAAUGAUGGCAUUUCAUUCAGCUCCUCCACAGGACCUGCCUGGGCCGGCACUGAAAGAGAUUACACUUAUGAUGAGCUCUUGAACCGAGUUUUCAACAUCAUGAGGGAGAAGAACCCGGACAUGGUGGCCGGAGAGAAGAGGAAGUUUGUGAUGAAGCCUCCUCAGGUGGUCCGAGUGGGAACCAAGAAAACCUCCUUCGUCAACUUCACAGACAUCUGCAAACUGUUGCAUCGUCAGCCUAAACAUCUCCUCGCUUUCCUGUUGGCUGAAUUGGGAACAAGCGGCUCCAUAGACGGAAAUAACCAACUUGUGAUUAAAGGCAGAUUUCAACAGAAACAGAUAGAAAAUGUGUUGAGAAGAUAUAUCAAGGAAUACGUGACGUGUCACACCUGCCGCUCCCCAGAGACCAUUCUGCAGAAGGACACUCGCCUCUAUUUCCUGCAGUGCGAGACGUGCCACUCCCGCUGCUCUGUCGCCAGCAUCAAGACCGGCUUCCAGGCUGUGACGGGCAAGAGGGCGCAGCUCCGCGCCAAAGCCAACUAAAAAGCCACCAAAACUGGGCUGCCCUUCCCCUCUCGGCCCUCCCCCUUUCCCACUCAAAAGGGCCGAAGCUGGGGUCGGACGCCCCCUUGAUUUUUGCGGAAAAAAAGGACUCUCUGAAUCGAACUGCGGGAGGGUUUGGCUGUCGUUUAGUUGUGUUGUGGCCUGACCGGGCGGGGAGUGAGAGAGUAUCUAUAGCUGGCAGAUGGGAGUUCAGGCACUGUAAGCAGAUGAUGUGUACCACUUACACUGUUGGCUGCAUUUGAUUUGUUGUCUGGCUGAUGAACCCUGCACCACCUACACUUUUUUUUUCUGCUGUUGUUCUUGAUUCCUGCAAGAAAACCUUUAUUUAACAUGGCUUGAAUCCUUUCCCAUUCUUUAUCUCCCUCUUUACAUUCACCAAACAUCAAUAUUACAUUGGAUACAAACAAAUCAACAAUCUCCAUGCAGCCAGCCGCAUUGUAGUCAAGUUGAACUACAAUGACAGAGCUUAGUUGCUCUAAUUAUUGUAACUUUGAGGCUCAUGGUUGCUUUUUUUUAAAUGCUAGAGCUCAAUUUUGUUUAAACUAAGGUUGUGCUCCUGUUUCUGGUCUCUCAAAACGUAUCAAAGAGGCAAAUCAAAGUUACCAGGUUGGAGCACAUAAAAGAUUUGUCACAGUAACCCGUCUGUGACGAGGUCCAAACAUCCUUUUGAUCGUUUGUAGCAGAAGGUGGCCACAAAAUCUAAGAACUUAAGGUGGAUAAAGGGGAGAGCGCCUACUCACUGAAGACUUUAAUAGAGAGGCUGUGUGUGUGAGACAGAAAUAGAAAUUAUACGAUGUGUUUGUGAGUGCUGUUACGGCAUUGAUGAGCAUUUGUGUACUUUAUUUCUUUGACUUCUUGAGGUUUAGAUGAACACAUUUUUAUCAAAUAUUGGACAUUUAAUUAGAGGAAUAUUAAAUCGAAUAAAAUUAAUUUUGUCAAGAGGAUUGGGUUUCUUGAGCUAAUGCCAGUCCCCCCCCCCCGAUACAAACACACCCAAAUGCCCCCCCCCCCCCCCCAUAACUCUAUAGUCUAGCCUUACGAUGAAAAGCAGACUCUGAGCAGGCACCUCAGAUCAGUCUCCUCCAUCAGUUUGUCAUUUUCAAAUCUGAUUCAGAUUUACACCUCAAGCUAGCCAGGGAAGAGGAGUUUGAGUUCAGUGAUCCUGGAAACACGACAUUGAUUCAGUUCUUAUUGGAGAAGAAUGUGAAGGUCCGACUGCAAUCAUUUUAAAACCUGGUUUUUACAAAAAUAAAUGUUCUACUCUCUCUCUC